UUCUGAAUUGUGUCUCUUGUUGUUGCUUUAGUCGUAGACUAGUUCUGAUGUUCAACUCACUACAGUCUACAUAUGUCUAGUACAUCGUCACUACCAUGCCUGCCUUCAUCACAGUGGCGUCAGUUGUGCAUGAUCAAUCAAUCAUGCAUUAUCAGUCAAUCACUCAAUGUCCACAAAGGCGUAUCCUUCACCAAAGAGACAAAGGUUUCAUUCCUUUUCCAGACUGCCACCAUAUUUGCCAGCCCAAAUGGAUUGAAAGUAACCGUGGAAGAUUCCAAAUGUGUCCAAGCCAAUGCAUUCUUGCAGAACUCUGUAUUUCAAGAGUAUACCAUCAACGAGGAGCAAGCCACGUUCAAGAUAAACCUUACAGUUCUUUUGGAUUGCCUGCUUAUUUUUGGAGCCAGUCCACUUCCUGGGAUUCAAACAGCUCUCAAACUCUCUUAUGAUGGCUAUGGAACACCUCUCAUUUUGAUGCUGGAGGAAGGUGGUGUUCUGACAGACUGCAGCAUCAAGACACAAGAGCCAGAUGAAACAUUAGAUUUCAACUUCUCUAGCGUGAAUGUCAUCAACAAGGUCAUUAUGAAGUCAGAGUGUCUAAAGGAGGCAUUCAAUGAACUCGACAUGACAAGUGAGGUGUUAGAAAUCCUAAUGUCGCCCGACAAACCAUACUUCCGUCUUUCAACAUUUGGUUCUGCUGGCAGUACCCACUCAGAUUUCCCCAAAGAAUCGGAUAUGGUGGAAUCAUUUCAGUGCACACAGACACAAACAAACAGGUACAAAAUUUCGCUUUUAAAACCGUCAGUGAAGGCGUUGGCACUAUCGAGUCGCAUCUCAAUCAGGACGGAUGAUCGGGGUUUCAUAUCGCUGCAAUACAUGAUCAAGAAUGAGGAUGGACAGAUAUGUUUUGUGGAAUACUAUUGUGCUCCGGAUGAGGAGAUGGAGGAUGAAGAGGAGUGACACAAUCAUCAAGUCAGGCUGGAAAUAAGAAAUGUGCCUGAACGGGAGCGGACUUUUCACGUGAGAGCCCCUUCCUUUGGUUAAACUUUUGGAUUUGACCGUGUCCUCUUCAGACCAAUCUAGGAUGAACGGAAAUCAUGUUCAAACACAAUGGAUAUUCUCUCCUUAGAAAUCAGUAGUGAAGACAGUGGUUGUUACACGACUCCAACACAACAGGGCUCAUGUUGGGCUCGCCAAGGCCAGUUAUUGAUAUGACAGGAGGUAGGGUGGCUCAUGUUGGGCUCGCCAAGGCCAGUUAUUGAUAUGACAGGAAGUAGGGUGGCUCAUGUUGGGCUCGCCAAGGCCAGUUAUUGAUAUGACAGGAAGUAGGGUGGCUCAUGUUGGGCUCGCCAAGGCCAGUUAUUGAUAUUACAGGAAGUAGGGUUGCUCAUGUUGGGCUCGCCAAGGCCAGUUAUUGAUAUGACAGGAGGUAGGGUGGCUCAUGUUGGGCUCGCCAAGGCCAGUUAUUGAUAUGACAGGAAGUAGGGUGGCUCAUGUUGGGCUCGCCAAGGCCAGUUAUUGAUAUGACAGGAAGUAGGGUGGCUCAUGUUGGGCUCGCCAAGGCCAGUUAUUGAUAUUACAGGAAGUAGGGUUGCUCAUGUUGGGCUCGCCAAGGCCAGUUAUUGAUAUGACAGGAAGUAGGGUGGUCUGGAUUAUUUUCACAGCUGAUCUUUCUCAUCGGAGUGGACUGGUGCAUUGAUGCAAUACCUACAUACUCACUUUCUAUAGUGCCUGUUCAAGAGCGCUUUACAUAGUUACAUGUUGAACAGAAUUCGGAUUGCAUGCAUGGUGGCAUACUCCUGCAUGUUCAGGUUGACAAAUGAAUAUUACAGUCAGAAAGACAAAACCAGUCCACUCAGUCACGAGGGUUUGUCCAGUUGCCAAUGUGCAGUAUUCAGGCACCCAUCGGCAUUUUAUAUUGUCACUGUAAAUUAUGUAAAUGUGCAUGUACACUUACAUUUAAGAUAGAUAGAAUAAUAUUCAGUUACUGUACUAUCAGGCGAGUCGUUAUUCAUUGAGCUGGAAUGUUUCACAUGAUCAGAUGUCUACCAACAGUGCAUCUACUUUUCUCAGGAAGUAAGAUUAGGCAUCAGGUCAACCGAUAGAUGUUUAAACAAGGGCCACAAGGCACUCCUUGAUUAAAAACAUCUUUCAGCCUGGGGAGGAGUACUAAGAUAAGGUAUG